AUGCGGCCCGCGGGCCUCGAGUGUCCCCACCUGCUCCGCCGGCGGCCCCUGCGGCCUCUGCUGCGGCUGCUGCUCCUGCUGCUGCUGCUGCCGCAGCCGGUGACCCGCGCCCAGGCCGGGCCGGGCGCCCCCAGUGCCCCGGGCACCUCCCCCGCGCCCAGCACCCUCAGUGCCAAGACUGGGCCAGGAUCCCCCAGCCACCCGACUGUGCCCAGCACCCCUAGUCCCGCCACCUCGCCCAGAACCCCCAGCACCCUGCACCUGCGGAAGCAAGCUCAGGCCCUGAUGCGGGAGUUCCCACUCGUGGAUGGCCACAAUGACAUGCCUCUGGUCCUGAGGCAGUUUUACCGCAACCGGCUACAGGACGUGAACCUGCACAACUUCACGCAGGGCCAGACCAACCUGGACAGGCUUAGGGACGGCCUCGUGGGCGCGCAGUUCUGGUCGGCCUACGUCCCAUGCCAGACCCAGGGACAGGAUGCUGUGCGCCUCACCCUGGAGCAGAUUGACCUCAUCCACCGCAUGUGUGCCUCCUAUUCUGAGCUGGAGCUUGUGACCACGGUUCAAGAUCUGAACAGCACCCGCAAGCUGGCCUGCCUCAUUGGCGUGGAGGGCGGCCACUCGCUGGACAGCAGCCUCUCGGUCCUGCGUACCUUCUAUCUGCUGGGCGUGCGCUACCUGACCCUCACCCACACCUGCAACACGCCCUGGGCGGAGAGCUCAGCUAAGGGCAUCCACCCCUUCUACAACAAUGUCAGCGGGCUGACCAGUUUUGGUGAGAAGGUGGUGACGGAAAUGAACCGUCUGGGCAUGAUGGUAGACCUGUCCCACGUCUCCGAUGCCGUGGCACGGCGGGCCCUGGAGGUGUCACGGGCACCCGUGAUCUUCUCCCACUCGGCUGCCCGGGGGGUAUGCGAGAACGAGCGGAACGUUCCCGAUGACAUCCUGCAGCUUCUGAAGAAGAAUGGUGGCGUCGUGAUGGUGUCCUUGUCCAUGGGCGUGUUGCAGUGCAACCCGCUGGCCAAUGUGUCCACUGUGGCAGAUCACUUCGACCACAUCAGGGCAGUCAUUGGAUCCCAGUUCAUUGGUAUCGGCGGCGAUUAUGAUGGGACCAGCAGUUUCCCUCAGGGUCUGGAGGACGUGUCCAGGUACCCAGUACUGAUAGAGGAGCUGCUGGGUCGUGGCUGGAAUGCGGAAGAGCUCCAGGGAGUCCUUCGAGGAAAUCUGCUGCGGGUCUUCAGACAGGUGGAGCAGGUUCGGGAGGAAAGCAGGGGGCAAAGGCCCUUAGAAGACGAGUUCCCAGACGAGCAGCUGGGCGGCUCCUGCCGCUCUGUUCUCCCGCGGCUGCAUCCGAGUCAUCACAUGGCCCCAGACCAGAAACUAAUGGGGACUCCUACGCAGCACUGGAGACCGAAGCUGUAUUCUGAGAAGCCGUUCUCCAAGUCCUCCCCCCUCACAGCCCCGAGCCUCACAGUUAUUGCUUCCCUCCCAGUUGUCACUCUGUGGCUCUGGUGA